AAAUAAAUCGAGAGCUGGACUCUCUUGAGUUUGAAAGUCAACGCGGAUAGACGUGUUUCAUUUAUAACCCGAAAAUAUAAAAGUGGCGACGAGGAUCAAAGUGUAAAAAAUAAAUAAAAGACCUUUAGUGAUAUAAAAGGGAGUGAUUAUAUCAGUGAAGUUAUUUUUUUCCUUUAAAAUAAAUAGUUUGGUUGUACCAAGUGGAAGAUCCUUCCAGAAGAUUUCUGCCACAUAGGACAAAGAGACAAGCAGCAUUUUUUUCUGCACGACUGCAGAGAAACAGCAGGAAAGAUUUCAACUGUUCCUGUGCGACUGCAGAUAAUAAAUGUAAGUUCUUUUGUUUUCUCUUUUGUUAAGAAAGUGGUUAAAAGUGCAACGAACCUUUUGUUCCAUAUAAAACUAACCUCUAAAACAAAAGAUUUUUUUUAAGCCAUUGAUCCACAAACAGUAGAAGUGUGGCCAGUUUGCAGGUAAUUGUGUGAAAUAUUUCAAACCUCAAAACAAAUUUUUGUGCUUUUGUUUGUACCGGAAAAAGGAUUGUAUAAAAAAAAGAAGGUAUUGUGUUUGAGUUUAUAAAAGCCUUAAUUGGAAGAAAUUAUUUGGAAAUUAUUUUUUUUUAUAAAUUUAUUGAACAAAUUUUAAGAGAGUCUUGUUUUUUCUCAGGAUUUUUUGGUGACAAAAUUGCACGGAGGAUACAGGAAAUUCCUGAGGAGGAUUCGUUCGGGUACAGACUUCAAUUUUGGAAAUUUUACAAUGGCACAAACGAUGCUUUCCGUUUUUGAGCCCUACAGAAAGGGAGUUUCCUUUGCCGAAUGGUCGGAUCGUUUGGGUUACUUUUUCGUUUUAAAUAAAGUAAAAGAAGAAGAAAAGAAAGCUCAUUUGAUUAUGUUGGGGGGAGCCACAGUUUUCAGAGAACUGAAACUCCUAUUCCCAAAUGGGAAGCUGGAAGAAGCUGCUUAUAAUGAAUUAAUUAGCAAAUUAAAAAUGAGACUGGAUAAAACUGAAUCGGGGCUAAUGCAACGAUUCAAGUUUAAUAACAGAGUUCAACAACCUGAUGAAUCGGCUGAAGAUUUCGUUUUAUCGGUCAAGUUACUAGCAGAAUUUUGCAAUUUUGAGAACUUCAAGCAGACUGCUAUCAUGGAUAGAAUUGUAGCUGGCUUGACAGAAAAAGCUCUUCAACAACGUUUGUUGAACGAGGUGGAGUUAACACUCGAAGCUGCAGAAAGAAUAAUUAUUACUUGGGAAAUGGCAAGUGCUAAUGCAAAAUCUUUAGAAGGAGAUUCUUAUUAUGAAAGAGUGGCUUUGACACAGAAUGCAGGUGCUGGUGAAACCAUGAAUAAAUUGUUGAAUACCUUCAAAAUAGCAGAAAACCGUAAACAAACAGAAUUUAGAGGUCCAGUGAGAAACAGAUUGGGUUUCAAAGGAAAUAGUUUCAUAUCAAAUCCGAAUCAUAAUUUCAACUAUGGAAAUAACGAUAAAAAAGUGAGUUUUGAACAUGCUGACGGGAAAAAUAAUCAGCAAUAUCGCAAAAUAGAUUAUUCAAACAUGACAUGCAAUUUCUGUGGGUUAAAAGGACAUAUCAAGAGGAGAUGUUUCAAAUUAAAAAAUUUAAAAAGAGAUGCUGUGAAUUACAUGGACAGACCAGGAACGAGCACGGACAGGAGACUGGAUGACAUGUUCAAACGAAUGAGUACGGAGGAGCCGGUCAGCGAAAAUAGCGAUGAAGGUAAACUUAAUUGUAUGUGUGUUUCGUCCAUUAAUAAAAUCAGUGUUCCUUGUUUGGUAGAAAUAAAAAUUGAGGGAAAACAUAUAAAAAUGGAGAUAGACUGUGGAUCUUCAGUAACAGUGAUGAGCAAAAGACAAUAUUUCUCAACAUUUAACAAAAAGUUAAUGACUAGCAAUAAGCAAUUAGCUGUAGUAAAUGGUAAUAAAUUAAAAUUAAUUGGAGAAGCGAUGGUUAGAACGAAAUUUAAAGAGAAAAUAGAAAAUCUUUCUCUUCUGAUUAUAGAAUGUGAAAAUGAGUUCCUUCCUUUAUUGGGUCGAAAUUGGCUAGAUGUAUUUUUUAACGGAUGGAGACAAUUUUUUGAUGGAUCUCAAUUGAUAAAUUCUCUGAAUGAACUAAAUAAUGAAGCUAUGGUGAAUGAAUUACGUGUGGAGUUCCCAAACGUUUUUACUAAAGAUUUUACUACUCCAAUUGUCGGUUUUGAGGCAGAGUUAAUACUCAAAGAAAACAAUCCAAUUUUUAAGAAAGCAUAUGACGUUCCUUAUCGUUUAAAGGACAAAGUUUUAAACUAUUUGACAAGAUUGGAAAAUGAGAAAGUGAUUACUCCAAUCAAAACGAGUCAAUGGGCAUCACCUGUGAUAGUAAUUAUUAAGAAAAAUGAUGAAAUUCGUCUGGUAAUAGAUUGCAAAGUUUCAAUUAAUAAGGUUAUCGUCCCAAAUACUUAUCCCUUACCUGUUGCUCAAGAUUUAUUUGCGAAAUUAGCGGGUUGCAGAGUAUUUUGUUCACUGGAUUUGGAAGGUGCUUACACGCAAUUAUCAUUAUCGGAAAGUUCUAGACAAUUUAUGGUAAUUAAUACAGUUAAAGGAUUGUUUGUCUACAAUAGAUUACCACAGGGAGCAUCGUCCAGUGCAGCUAUUUUUCAACAAGUAAUGGAUCAAGUUUUAGAAGGAUUGGGAAAUGUAUUUUGUUAUUUAGAUGAUGUGUUAAUUGCGGGAAGUAAUUAUGAAAAAUGCAAGAAAAAUUUGAGAUUAGUUUUAGAGAGAUUAUCGAAGGCUAAUAUUAAGAUAAACUUUGAGAAAUGUAAAUUUUUUGUAAAGGAGCUUGUAUAUUUGGGUCACAUAAUUAGUGAAAAAGGUUUAUCGCCUUGUGAGGACAAAAUUUCCACUAUAAAAAAAGCUAAAGAACCGACCAACAUAGCUGAACUUAAAUCAUUCUUAGGGUUAAUAAAUUACUACAACAAAUUUAUACCACAUUUGUCCUUUAAGUUGCAUCAGUUACACAAUCUUUUGAGGAAAGAUGUUAAAUUCAGUUGGGACAGUAAUUGUAGAAGAGCUUCAAUUUAGCAAAAUAUUCACUUAUUGCGUCAAACUUUUUAGAGUUUCAUGACCCAAAUAAACCAAUAAUUGUGAUAUCUGA